ACAUACACACACAUGCACACAAGACGUGUGUACUCUGGUGUAUUUUUAAAAAAUUAUAACGACGUCUUUAAAAUUUUACCCUACAUCUUUUGCAGAGAAUUCAGCUUUCUCGACAAGUUGGACCAUGUCUUUCAGCAUUACCCUGAAGUGGCCUUUGCCUUCCCUUAUUGUGUGUGCAAUAAUCCUGGCAAACAUGACCUUGGACUGCCUAGCUCUGCCCGCCGUAUUGAGAGACAGUGGGAAACUGAAAAUGGAUGGCAAUAAGAGCGGCAACGAGAUAGACAACCAAGAACUCAACCCAGAAUUAUUUCCAAACAAUCACAUUGAUGCUGUGAAGAUGGAGAGGAACGGAGCGUUGAAUAAAGAAUUUCAACAGGAGCUGUUCUGGGGACCAGCCCACGAGGAGAUGAACGAUGUGCAGGAGGAGGAAGGGAGGCAGCGGCUCAACGAAAUAUUCAAAUUGGCUGAUAAAGAUGGGGAUAACUAUUUAACGCAUGACGAGCUUACAGCGUGGAUCGAGGAGAAGACGGCUGAGCAUUACAGUGAAGCGGUUUCAUCUAGCCGUCAGGGCUUUCCCUCGGUAGAUACCAACAAAGAUGGGUUUUUACAGUGGGAUGAAUACAGGGAACAAUUUUUCAGGUAUCGAGGUAUAGAUGAGAUGCAGCUAAAGGCGUAUCGAGAAGGCAAGGUCAGCAUUGGUGAAACAUUAGAAGAGGACUAUGCCAUGUAUCGUGAUCGAUGGGACAGGGCAGAUGAGGAUAAUGACAAUGCUCUGAGCAUCGAGGAGUUCUUGGCAUUUCUUCAUCCUGAGCAUUGUAAGAGCAUGGUGAGCAUGCUAGUGGAAGAAGUUCUACAUGAUCUCAAUAAAAACUUGGAUCAGGCUCUGAACCUCAGAGAGUUCCUUGCCCUUCCCGAUGAUGAGCAGUAUGACGUUGAUAAGAUAGCGGAGAAAGAGGAGUGGGUCCGAGAACGAAAGAAGGAGUUUGAAGAAAAUAUUGACCUGGAUGGAGAUGGGAUAGCAGACUUUGAAGAGUUGUCGAAAUACAUGGACCCUAGGAACAAACAGCAUGCCGAGAGCGAAGCAAGACAUCUGAUGGGAGUCGCUGAUUCAGAUGGAGAUGGCAAGCUAUCAGCCAGGGAAGUUAACAACAGUUACUUUGUUUUCUUGGGCAGUAAAGUCUACAACUACGCCAGAAACGUCCACGACGAGUUCUAGACCGAUUUUCAGGUUCAUCUUUCAUGAAGUCUGUCAUAAAGUACUAGUAUUACUACAGUGCCCGGGGGGGGGGGGGGGGGGGGGCACUCACAUAUAUUGGUGGUACGGGGAUGUGCCGCUUUGAUGACCCCCUUUUUCAGACCUAAUUUUCAGUUCUCUAGAUACUCCGAAUGACAAAAGUUCAGUUCAGAAGCCGGCCAGCCCCGCUCGGAAGACUCCCGUUACGAGACAUCUUAGUUCCCCAGCACUGCCAAAAUUGUCAAGCGCAACUAGUAACCGCUCUAUGCAUGGCUAGCACAUGUAAAGCGCUCGUGUGCACCAUACCUACAGAGCCGCAAUCCAUUUCGUAGACCCUGUUUUUCACACCGCCCGGUAUACAUUUAGUUCCCAAGACCCCAUACUUUACCCUUGUAGUCAGUUCCUUAGACCCCCAUUUCAGAGUUUCGUAGGGCACACCCCCAUCAAAAAAUAAUUUGAGUACCCCCCCCCCCGGGCUACAGUGUAGCUUUUUUAAGCAUACUUCACAGGUGGAGAUGCCCUCUGUUAUUAUAGAAGUACUUUUUUCUACUGUCUUUUUUUUUUAUCCGGAAACUGCCAGGAAUUAUAGAAAAAAAUGAUUUUCCAUACAUGCCUUUAACAGUAGAACAUGACUAUCUUGGACAACUUAUCUAGUAUUAACAACCUAUCUAAUAUUACCAGCAUAUGAUAGGGCAAAUCCACCUUAUCUGUAGGCAGUUUCAUAAAAGCUGUUCGUAACUUAUGAAUGACUUUAAGAACGACUGGUGAUCCUUUCUUGUGAUUCAGCAUGUAAGAAAGGUUCAGAAGUCGCUCUUAACUUAGAAACAGCUUUAUGAAACACCCACCUGCAUAGAUAUCUUGAACAUCAGAGAAUGAGUUAUGUGAGUACUUCUCUGAUUUCCCUUUUCUUUCUAUGUCCUGUUAGAUCUGUAGUCCGAGCAUACGGUUUAGAUUAUAGUAAACUUAUGCUUUUGAUUGGGCCUGAGUCAAACUGACUGGUCCACUAGUGCCUGACCAAUGGUGCUGGUGACCGUUCCAAUUUCCUGCAGACCGUGGACCGAUGAAAUAAAACAUUACAAAACAGGUCAAAGACUUAGAUAACCAGUUUAAGAACCAAAUUUCCUAACGGUUUCAUAUGAUAUGAAUCAAGUAGAACUAUGAGAAUAGCUUAAUAGGGAACAGGAUUUCCCAAUUUUCUUGCUUGGAUUUUAAUAUCAGCCCAUAGUAUACAUGAAGAUAGUCUUUAGUGACACUGAAUUUCUUAUAUAUUUCUUUUUUUUACAUUGGUCCACUGGUCUCUGCAGAAAAAGUCACAGGUGGGCAGCAUUAAAAAAAAAACCUUUCUGACUCAGGUCUACUUUUGAUGUCAAUUUACGUGUUUGCAAUGAACCUUAUGGGACAUGAAUGUUGUUGCCUUGCCCAAGAAUGCAUUAUUUUAUUUAUAAGUCUAUUUUACUGAAAUGUUGCUGUGGGCAUCUGUGAUUUAUAUCUGACUUUGAGGGAGAUUGUAGAAAAUAUUGCCCUUUCCGAAGCUUUAACGCAUGUGUCAAAGGUGAUGUUUGUGUGAAUUCAUUGAUGGCAGUAUUUCCUGCUAAUAUUUUGAAGUCACUAUUAAUACUUUUACAUUAUCUUUUGUUGUAUAUUUAUUGUGAAAUUCAGGUUCAUUUUCAAAUGAUUUGUGCUUCUAAUUAUCAGUACAAUAACAAAAAAUUUUUUUUUUUUUGUAACACCAAGGAAACAGGAUUCUUAUGUUUUGUGGUACUGUUAUUGACCUAAUUUGUAGAUUUUAUAAGCCUCAGCGAUUGAAUGAUUUAUGUAUCCUGUGCUAGUUUUUCAAAAGAUCGCAGUUAGAGUUUGCUACAAAGACAAGUUGAAUGUACAUGGUUUUGUCUUUAAAUCUAUUGAAGCAUGUAUAUAUUCAUCAUAAUAUAAGUUAUAGAAGUAAUAUAUGAGCAGAAGAGAAUUAGAAGGCUUGCACUUUGCCAAAUAUAUGUUCAUUAUCAUCAAUUUCAGUUCAUAGCUGGCAAUUCAAAGAGCGUCUAAUGAAAUGCUCCUAACCUUCUGCAAACUUCUUUAUUUAUUAUCAUUUGCAGAAAUGGUGUGAAGAUUUUUUUAAAUCUGUUUUUGUACAGAUAAAUAUUAUAUAUAUUGUGUAUAAUGUAGUUUGUGAAUUACAUUUAAGAGUGCUCAUGCUUUUGUGAGGAAGAGAGAGAGAGAGAGAGAGAGAGAGGGGGAGGGGGAGUAGGAGUAGGGGGACAGGUGGGAGAUAUAAAUAAUUAUGAGUGUAUUAUGUGUAAUUCUUUUACUUUUUUGUAUUUGCUGCUUAAAUUGCCUUUUAUAUACAAGUAUGCCUGACAGUAAUACCAUAUGGAAA